CGAUUUCAGCCACUGCCGGCUGACGCGGUGCACACGGAAGACCUGGCUGGACCGAUCGCAGACCGAUUACAGUAUCCCGCGGGCAACACUCGCGCUCGCAACGCAGAGUCUCUCUCUCUUCUGGCUCUCCCCUUGGUAGCACGCGUGUUUAGUCAGUACAUCCGCGAUACGGCAAUCACGGACUGUCGUCGCCGAUCCUCGGCCGCGUGCAUCAUCUCCCGAGGUCGUCUGUCCGGAGGACCAUCGGUGAUUCCGCCGUAUCUGGGACUCCGCGCUGGAAAUAUCGAGGCUCGAGACUCUUCAAGACUGAGCGCUCGCUGCGGGGAACGUGGUCGAUCGUCUGAGGGUUCAAGGAGGAUUUUCCCGCGGGGAGAAUCGCUCGUCGUCGAGGAAUCACCUGAGAACGCGUCGGGAACGAUACGAUAUCGCUCCGCCGGCGGCGAGCGCGAAACUACGCCUCGCGCGACCAUCAAGAGUGCUCGCAGGAAGUGCAGUGUGUAAAAACAAAUCAGACUCAUUCCGCUCAUCGACGACGACGAGGUGCCGUCGCGCUGUCACAGAUCGGUUCGCUCGCGGCUGUCUCGAAGGCGCCGGAGACCUCCAUAUGAAGUUCCAUCGUCCGAUCUAGUGAGGUACUGUGUUAUGUCUCAUAAUCACUUUCGCGUUUGAGACGACGCUAAUCGACAAUCAGCCAGAGUGCGCGCACGAGCAAAAGAACACCGAGAAAGAGAGAGAGAAAUUACAAGUGGGCCCUCCACGAAAGCCCACAAACAUGACAGAGACAUCACGGGAUCCUGAAGUAGCUGAUUCAGAAAACCCUGACAAUGGUAGGACAGCAUUGAAUUUGACUUGCUCGACGACCAGCAAGAGCAAACCCCUUCCGGAUCGCGGGACAUGGAGUACCAAAUUGGACUUUAUCCUCAGUGUGGUCGGCUUGGCGAUCGGUCUCGGUAAUGUCUGGCGAUUUCCGUACCUCUGCUAUAAGAAUGGCGGCGGUGCCUUUCUCAUUCCAUACUUCUUGACGUUAUUCCUCGCUGGUAUUCCCAUGUUCUUCAUGGAGCUAGCUCUGGGUCAGAUGCUUACGGUGGGCGGUCUCGGAGUCUUCAAAAUUGCGCCCCUCUUCAAGGGCAUCGGUUACGCUGCCGCCGUCAUGUCUUGUUGGAUGAAUGUCUAUUACAUCGUCAUCCUGGCUUGGGCGAUUUUCUAUUUCUUCAUGUCGAUGCGUAGUGAGUUGCCCUGGGGAAGCUGCAACAACUACUGGAACACAAAGAACUGUGUGAAUCCGUACGACAGAAGCUCAUUGAUCUGCUGGAGUCAGGUAUCGGCGAGGAACCACAGCGUCGUCAAGAUGUGCACGAUCAAUCAGGUUAAUGUGACAGUGACCGAGCUGACGGAUCCUGUGAAGGAGUUUUGGGAACGUCGAGCAUUGCAAAUCAGCGAGGGCGUAGAAUACGUGGGCAACAUCCGAUGGGAAUUGGCGGGCACGUUACUACUGGUGUGGAUACUCUGUUACUUUUGCAUCUGGAAAGGCGUCAAGUGGACUGGCAAAGUCGUCUACUUCACCUCUCUUUUCCCAUACGUGCUGCUUACUAUUCUCCUGAUUCGCGGCAUUACGCUACCCGGAGCAAUGGAGGGUAUUCGGUUCUAUAUCAGUCCAAACCUAUCUAAACUUCGGGAAUCCGAGGUGUGGAUCGAUGCGGUGACGCAAAUUUUCUUCUCGUACGGUCUCGGCCUCGGCACCCUGGUGGCCCUCGGCAGUUACAACAAGUUCACCAAUAACGUCUACAAAGACGCGCUGAUAGUCUGCUCAGUCAAUUCAUCCACCAGCAUGUUCGCGGGCUUCGUAAUAUUCUCGGUGGUUGGUUUCAUGGCACAUGAACAGCAGAAGCCGGUCGCCGAGGUAGCCGCUUCUGGACCGGGAUUGGCUUUCCUCGCUUAUCCCUCCGCGGUUCUUCAAUUGCCAGGCGCACCUCUCUGGUCGUGUUUGUUCUUCUUCAUGUUACUGCUCAUCGGACUUGACUCCCAGUUUUGCACUAUGGAGGGCUUCAUCACGGCUAUGGUGGACGAGUGGCCUCAGCUGUUACGCCGUCGUAAAGAGGUUUUUAUCGCUAUCGUGUGCGCUCUAUCCUAUCUUAUCGGAUUAUCAUGCAUCUCUCAGGGUGGCAUGUACGUCUUCCAAAUUCUCGACUCGUACGCCGUCUCCGGCUUUUGCCUCCUGUUCCUCAUUUUCUUCGAAUGCAUAUCGAUCAGCUGGGCGUUUGGCGUGAAUCGAUUUUACGACGCUUUGCGCGAUAUGAUAGGAUAUUACCCUCUUAUGUGGUGGAAAUUCUGCUGGACGGUGACCACGCCGAUGAUCUGCGUUGGCGUGUUCGUCUUCAACUUAAUUCAGUGGACACCCGUGAAAUAUUUGGACUAUGAAUAUCCCUGGUGGUCACAUAUAUUAGGCUGGUUCACGGCGCUAUCCUCUAUGCUCUGUAUACCUGGAUACAUGGUCUACGCUUGGAUGACUACGCCGGGUGAUAAUAGUACGAAAUACAAAUUGCUGAUCCAGAUAGAGGACGAUGUCGCGACUCUACGGACGAAGAUGGGUCAACCGCCAGUCGAACUAUCGCCCCUGUAAUUUUUGCUUCGAUCGGCAGCAAGCUCGUAUAGUUCGAUGAUAUUUGUUCAUCAUGACCUUGUAAAAGUGGGUGGGAACAGGAAUUUAUUCUGUAAAGUCGUGAACUUUUAAGCUUUAAGAUUGAGAGGGAUAAUUUAGAGGUUUCCAAAUGCCUCCUCACCCUUUCUUCGUUAUUUUCUGUGCUUUUGUACACAUUUUUCAAUUCCUUUGACGAAACUAAGUUACUCAAUUUUUCUUCGUAAGAAUUGUACAUUCAAUUACACGCGCACAUUAUUUCGCAGAAAGAUUAGAAGAUUAUUUAUAUAAUGUUUAGAAUAUUUCAAUGCUGUUAUGUUGGAAAGGGAUAGAAGCGAUUGUUUCCAAACCGAUUUCCGAUUCGGCGUAUGAUUUUAGAGGACGAAUUCCUGUCAAUUCCCUUUAAUCCACUUGCUAUUUGCAAGAUACGAUCACGCGGCCGCGAUAGGUCGGUCGAAGUCCGUCGUUCUUGAUUGAAGAUUGACGCGCGACUCGACUGGACGCGAGGCGGAGAGCCAGCAAUCAAACGAAUGCCGGAAACGUACCCGACACUGCCCUCGGCCCCCACAUCCUCUCGAAAAGAAAAAAGAAGCUUCGCUGGCUUUGUACAUAAAUUAUUUAUUUGUCAUCGUAGCGAUUACCGAUAAUCUGUCCGCGCAUAUCGCGGUAACCUUAGACGUGUUCGCACUUACGUGUUACGCCCGUACUUUCGUAUCAGUUUAAUGUCGCCUUACGCGCUAAGUGUGGUUGCGUCUCCCUUCGAAGAUGCAUGAGACGUCAACUCGAGAUAAGGUCUCGUCACAGGUGAGAGACCAUAUCCGGCGCCAAAACGCGUACCGCGAGAAUACGAUUGCUCACCACCUGGUCGUACUUUAUGACCUGCGGGAUAAUUCUUGAAAAAUAUUGCAUACGAUAUUUAAAUGAAAAUCUAUAGUAUACGUAACAUGAACUAUACAUUUUCAUUGAAAUAUCUUACAUUGAGAGAACCCAGAUAGCACAGAUAAUUCAAAAGGAAUUCAAAAAG